UUUUGAAAUGUGGUUCUCCAAAGUAAAGGAAGAUGUUUUUAUAUUUCUAUCCAAGACAGGAAAAAGGGCAAAAGCCAAUGUCAUAUACAAUACAUCGCUGCCUGUGCUCUUUGGGAUCAAGAAAUAUGCAGACUCAUUGUGGGACAUUGUGAAACAACGAGACCUACAAGUGAACCUGAGGCAAAACCUGAUUGAAGUGCGAGCAGAUAAGCAAGAAGCUGUGUUUGAAAAUCUUGACAAACCAGGUGAAACCAAAGUGCUUGAGUAUGAAAUGCUUCAUGUCACACCACCAAUGGGACCCAAUUUGGUGAUUAAAGGCAGUCUUCUGGCAGAUGAGGCUGGCUGGUUGGAUGUCAACAAAGACAACCUCCAACAUAAGAGAUAUCCAAACGUGUUUGGGAUUGGAGACUGUACCAACCUGCCCACAAUCAGAACGGCUGCGGCUGUCGCUGCACAGACUGCUAUCUUGAACAGAACCAUCAGCAAAGUACUGAAAAAUGAGAAGCCAGAUAAGAUAUAUGAUGGCUACACCUCGUGUCCCUUGGUUACAAGCUACAACACAGUGAUUCUUGCAGAGUUUGACUACAAUGGACAACCACUGGAAACAUUUCCCUUCAACCAAGCCAAAGAAAGAAGACUUAUGUACUACAUGAAAGCUGAUCUGAUGCCUCACCUCUAUUGGCAUGGGCUUCUGCGGGGCCUGUGGGGUGGACCAGGACCAUACAGGAAACUCCUUCAUCUUGGAAUGAAAUGAAACCUCACUGUCUGUGAUCAUCUCUAAACUUUUCAAUUUAAUUCAAUUUAUUUUGUAAAGCCCAAAAUCACAAAUUUACCUCAAAGGGCUUUGCAAUCUGCACACAUAUGACAUCCUCUGUCCCGGGACCCUUUAACAGAGAGAAAAGGAAGAAACCUUAGGGAGAGCAACAGAGGAGGGAUUCCUCUCCCAGGAUGGACAGAAGUACAAUAGAUGUCAUGUUUUACAGAAGGAACAACACAACAUAAUGAGAGUAGGCAGAAUAAUGAUGGAAAAAUUACGACCACUAAUAACAUUAGCAUUAGUGGAUAUGGUAGAAUAAUAAUGAUAAUUAAAGCAUUGAUGGUAUCAGUAAUAGUAAUGUGACUAAUAAUAGUAGCAGU